AUCAAGACUCCCGAUCACCUCUCUGAUCUACUUCAAGACCACUUCCCAUGCCGGCUAUGAUUUAAUUGCCGAUUCAAGACUUCCUCCGAUGUUCCACAACCGGUUAAGCGACUCAAACCCAUGUCUGAUUCUGUUCGAGUACAAUUUCCCUGUCUGCGGGCCCUCGCAACUCUAUUUUGUGGAUAGUGAGGGUUGUAGUAGAAGGGUUAGGAAAAUCGACUCACCACAGCAUUCAGAAGUUACUAAUCUGGUGGGUUCUUGUAACGGGCUGUUAUGCUUAUCCUUUCCCUUAAUCGGUGGUUCAUCGGUGCCUCACAGUCUGCUAAUUUACAAUCCUUUUGUUGGAGACGCUGUGAGAGUCCCACCAGCGAACCGAUUUCUGAAUCAACUUGAAGUUUUUGGAUUUGGGUUUCAUCCGAGGACAGGACAAUUCAAAGUGGUCAGGAUUGUGUGGCACAAGAAGAUCAUGAAGGUAGUAGACCCGGCGCUAGAUGUGGAAGACGUGGAUGAAGAAUUCGCCACCGUUUAUGAAUCAACGGUUCAGGUGUUUACCGUAGGAACAACAGAGUGGAGAAACAAAGGAGCUCCGCCUCCACAAUUGGCGGAUGAACUCGGACCACCUGAGGCUUUAGUUGAAGGAUCUCUCCAUUGGCUGGCUGUUGUUGGGAUGGGAGGAGUCGAUCCUAUCUUCGGUAUUAUCUCCUUCGAGCUUGCAGAUGAGGUGUUCGAAGAAAUUCCGCGUCCACCUUGUCAACGACUUGUGUCACGUGGCUACAAUCUUUCCGUGCUCAAUGGGUGUCUAUCGGCAGCUGGGUUAGUUGAUGCUGUGCAUUUUGAUAUCUGGUUGAUGAAGCAAUAUCGUUUUAAGGAAUCCUGGGAAAAACAAUUCUCCUUUGAUCCCUAUUUUCCUAGUGGAGGGCCAAGCUUCUUAAGAAGAUUUCCGAAAGUUAUAUGUGCAAUGAAGAAUGGUGAGAUUCUGUUGCAGUAUAAUUACAGUGCUCUGGUUUCUUAUGAUCCUGUAGGGAACAGAUUCAAGACUCUUCAAAAGAGUGGCUUACCCAAUUCGUUCCAGGCACUUCCUUUUCUACCCUCUCUUUUCUCAGCAAAGGCAACCAUGAAUUUGCAACUUUAACUCUCUCUCGUGAAUCAUUUCUGUAAGCCUCUACUACCAGUUUUUAGUUUGUGUUGAAUCUUUGAUCAUCAAUGCAUCAGUAACAGUUUUGUUAUUUACACCAUCAUGGGUGACCUCUAUUGUAUGGCAAUGAGAUCCACCUGACUAUUAUCUGCCUUUUUCUCCAAAAGGAGUUCUGAAGAACGGGGAGAUUGUGUUGGAGUGUAAGAAGUCUCAUAAUGCUCCCCUUGGAAUUGUGAUUGGAGAUUUUGCUUCGAGCUGGGUGGGAAGAUUCAUUAGUGUUUUAUGUGUCCUGAAGAACGGGAAGAUUGUGUUGGAGUGUAACAAGAAAGCUCUGGUGUCUUAUGAUUCUAAAACUAACAGGUUCAAGGCUCUAAAGAUCAACUGGCUCCCGUAGUGGUUCCAAGCUUUUGAUUUCCAUCAUACUCUGUUCUCAGUAAAGGAAAUCUUUGAAAUAAUCUUCACAACUCUUCUUUGGUAUACGGAUAUAUAAUUUCAUCUGCUUUAGUCAGGCUGCUGCCAUUGUUUAUGUAUUGAUUAAUUAAUCAUGUUUUGUAGU